AUGAGUAAAAAACGUAAUCGACAACCAAGUGUGAAUGAAGAAUUAAGUGAAGGUUCAACUGAUUUUUGCGAUGUUUGUAAUACUAAUAUUGUAGGUAGCACAUGUCCACAUAUUCCAAAGGCAGUGAAUUUUAAUAAAAUUAAGAAACGCAUUAAGAAAGUUGGAAUUAGUACUGAGUGUUCAAUAUGUAAAAAGUGUAAAGAUAAUGACAAGGAAUAUGUAAUAAAGUCAGCUACAUUAGUUUGUUUACAAUGUGGUCAUCAAGGUUGUGGAAAAAUAGAUUAUGGACAUGCUUUAGUACAUUAUAAAAAGGCACAUAGUGAUCAUCAUUUUCUGGUAGUUGACACUGAUUACUUGAGUGUUUGGUGUUUUUAUUGUCAAACAAAAGUUAAUAUUAGAAGUGGGAAAAAGCUUCAUCAGACUGUGGAAUUUAUAAAAAGAUGUACUAUAGCAAAAAAUUCAUUACAGACUGAAAUGACACAAACUCAAUGUCAUGAAGAAGUCAUAGAUAUAGAUAAGAAAGAAACAGAAAAUAUUAUAUACAAUUUUCCUAAAGUAGGGGGAUUAAUAAAUUUAGGAAACACUUGUUUUUUUAAUGCAGUAUUGCAGUGCUUAGCACAAACACCUUUCUUAGUAAAAGUUCUUGAUGAUCUGCGCCUCCCUGGGCAGAAGUUUACUUUAUUAGGGGGCAAGCACAAACUUGCUAAUAGUUCAGAAGAAGUUGAUCUACCACCCAUAGAAGGUACUUUAGAAAGUUGGGGUAGUUUUACAUCAAUUUUAUGGAAGACACUUACAGAAAUGCAAAAUUCUGAUGGACAUCAAUCCUACCGUCCAUCAGAGUUGUUAAACGAGUUUAAGAAAAAAACAAUGCAAUGUAUGGAUGGAGGGCAACACGAUUCACAUGAACUUCUUAGACAUCUCUUAGAAAUAGUUCGAAAUGAAGAUCUCAAGAGAUAUCAAAGUGUAAUUCUGAAAGAAUUUGGUUUGAGUGAAAAAACUAAUCCAGAAGGAGUAGAAGAAAGCCUCAAGUCCCGUGCAAAAUUCUACGGAAAUCAGGCUAAUGCAAGACUACUUGGAACAGAACUUGUUUUUCGUGGUGUAUUAGUUUCUACAUUGAAAUGUCUGGACUGUCAUCAUUCAUCACAGAGUACAGAACCCUUUUUAGAUCUCAGUUUACCAGUUAUGUCGGAUAAGCCACAACCUCCAGUUUUAAAAAGGAAGAACAAUGGCUUUGAAGAUACAUGUGAUGUAAUGGGAAAUAGUAUUUCAUAUAUGCCUUCAAAAUAUCAAUUGAAAAAAGAAAAGAAAGCUGUCCGAAAAAAUCGAAAGAAUAAGAAACAAGAAAUUCGUAAUCAUGGUGAUAGUUUUGUAUUCAAUAAAAAUGAUGUUGAAGAAAAAGAGAGUGAUGCAGAUGUGGAAGAUAAUUUAGAAGUAGAAGGUAUUCUUCCAGUAACUGACAGCUCUGUUACGUCAAAGGAAAGUCCUACUAGUCCUACUCCUACUUUAACAAAUGGUAAAAUUAUAGAAGAUAUUCAAGUACCAACAUCGAACCUUAAUUUAAUGGAGUCUGUUAAUCAUAAUGAACAAGAAGAAACUACUUGGAAUCAACGAAGGAGAAAAGAAGAAGAGUGUUUAAAUGACGUUAGUAAUGGAAUUGACAAUAUCACUUCUGGAAUUUCAAAAAUAGGCAUUGAUGGUAGCCUUCAACAAUCACCUACUAGAUAUCCAAUGAAAGAAGGAGAAUGUUCAAUACGAUCGUGUUUGAAUCAGUUUACAGCUUUAGAAUUGAUGAGUGGUAGCAACAAAGUUAGUUGUGAAGCUUGUACUGCCAGAGAAAAGAAGGUGAGAGAGAAUUAUAAGAUGGUAUGUACUCCAAGUACAAAACAAUAUUUGAUCUCCCGAGUACCUGCGGUUUUGAUCCUUCACCUAAAAAGAAUGCAAGCGCAACGAGUUGAUUUUCGCAAAGUAUCAAGACAUGUUUCAUUUCCAAUAUUGCUCGAUCUAGCACCUAUCUGUAAGAAUCAUAAAAAAGCUAGAAUUUAUGCACUUUAUGGUGUUGUUGAACAUAGUGGAACUAUUCAUGGUGGACAUUAUGUUGCUUAUGUAAAGUCGCGAUUACCGUUAACACCAGAUGAUCCUCGAUGGUCAUUUUUGCCAUCAAAAGAUGUUAAAGAUUCACAAGAAAGCCCAUAUGCUUCGAGUUCUGAUUCUGAUGCAGAAGAAACAGUGGAACCGCCACCUGGUAAAUGGUAUCAUAUUUCGGACUCUAGGGUAAUGGAAGUCGAUGAAACAACUGUGCUGCAAAGUCAAGCCUAUCUUCUCUUUUAUGAAAGAAUUCUCUGA